AUGAAUGAGCGAAGCUGGCUAAGGAGAUCGCUGGAGAACAAGGGUGAAUCGCUGGAGAACGAGAGCGAACCGAUGGAGAAAGAGAAGUGGACGAAGGUGACGACCGCGACUGAGGAAGGCGGCGAAGCAAACGAGAGACGGAGUUUGGACGAAGAUGAUGAUGACCGCACCGCCGAGUUGUCUGAGGAAGCGGAGGAGGUUGUGUCCGGAGGCGCCGCCGCUGUUCCGUUCGCGAGAGAAGAAGAGACUUUUUUUUCUGCAAACCCUAUUCCCUUUCCAAUUUCCAUGCUUUUUUUUUCUUUUAAUUUAAUUGUCUUAUUGUUUUACUAUUCUUAA